AUGGCGAGCUCGGGGUCGCUGGAGACGGUCAUGCCUUCCUCCUGUCCCCGGCACGACGGCCGCAGCGGCGCCGCUAACCCCUCCAAGACCCUGGCCUUCUCCAUCGAGCGGAUCAUGGCCAAGACGUCGGAGCCCAAGCCAGCCUUCGAGCAGAGGCAAGGCGGGCUGGGGCUGGAGCCGGAGCCGGGCAAGAAAACGCUCAGCCUGUGCUCGCCGCUGCCCUGCGUGAUCCCCAUCCCGCCGCUGGGCUACGAGGUGCCCUCCAAGACUCUGCUCAACUACUCGGAGCUGUGGAAAAGCAGCCUGCGGGGCGGCGCGGGGCUCUGCAAAGCCAACUGCGGCGUGUGCUGCAAGGCAGAGCUCGCCCUGGGCCAGCCCAGCGGCCGGCUCAUCAAGCCGCAGGUCAUCAACCAGGCGGGGGCCAUGCCGGCCGCCCCCCGCUCCCUCUACUACUUCAACUACCUGGACGCCGCGUACCACCCGGCCGACCUGCUGCACGGACAGCUCUUCCCCUCGGGCCUCCUGGGCGCCCCGGCGCCGGGGGGGCUCUCGGCGCACCAGAAGCUCUUCCUGCUGGAAAACGCCAAGCUGGCGGGGCUGGCGGCCGAGAAGCUGCCGCCGCCGCCGCCCUUCGCGCACAAGGAGCGGCUCCCGGGCCACCUGGACCAGGUGAUGAAGGAGGCGGCGGCGGCGGAGCGCGGCGGCCCCAAGGGCCACGCCAAGCUGGGCGCCGGCGGCGGCGCGGCCGAGGGCAAGCCCAAAAACUUCACCUGCGAGGUGUGCGGCAAGGUGUUCAACGCGCACUACAACCUCACCCGCCACAUGCCCGUGCACACGGGGGCCAGGCCGUUCGUGUGCAAGGUCUGCGGCAAGGGCUUCCGCCAGGCCAGCACCCUGUGCCGGCACAAAAUCAUCCACACGCAGGAGAAACCCCACAAGUGCAACCAGUGCGGGAAGGCGUUCAACAGGAGCUCCACGCUCAACACCCACAUCCGCAUCCACGCCGGCUACAAGCCCUUCGUCUGCGAGUUCUGCGGCAAGGGCUUCCACCAGAAAGGCAACUACAAGAAUCACAAGCUGACCCACAGCGGAGAGAAGCAGUACAAGUGCACGAUUUGCAACAAAGCCUUCCACCAGAUCUAUAACUUGACUUUCCACAUGCACACCCACAACGACAAGAAGCCCUUUACGUGCGUGACUUGCGGGAAAGGAUUUUGCAGAAACUUUGAUUUAAAGAAGCACGUCCGAAAGUUGCACGACAGCGUCUCCAGCGCGCCGCCGCCGCCGCGGGACCCUGCGCGCAGCGGGCAGAGCUAA